UUCAGGACGUUCUCCUUUGUUUUCUAACGGAGCACGAUAAACUCAAGCAUGAAACAAAUACAAAAAUAUAUAUCCGGGAGUGGGUCUAUAUAAACUGUGGUAUAUUGGGGGAAGCGAUAUUUGACGGUGGGCCUUCAUACAGAACUUCAGUCUCCAGUUUUUGUUUUAGUUUUUACUUUUUUGGCAAACUCAGUUUCUAAAAUGAAGAGACAUCCAUUGCUUUGUGUUGCAAUCGUCUGCAGUACCGUCAUUGAAGCUCCCAAUGUCAGUUGUCCCGAAGAUAUAUACCAUCCAUAUAUUCGGACACUGGAACAACCACACCACUGGUACCUUGGUCGCCAUUGCCAUCAGCUGUCGACAGCAUUCGACGCCAGCGGCAUCAUUUACUACGACGACGCAGGCAACGUAGUUGUUUCGAACGGCACUUACGAAAUAGGCACGACGACUAUAACCUGCAACGGGACCGAUUACGCCCUCAACGCGGGAUCCUGCCUGUUCAACCUCAGUUAUUGGAGAAGACGUAACAACCAGAGUGAUUGCAACUAUUUCAACAACGGUGAGUGAUGUUUCAUUGAUUGAAACAACAGUUGACAAUGUAGGAUAAACAACAGCCCAGGAUGCCACAACGGAUGGAACUGCAUUAAAUGGCAAUCCAUCGACAACUCUUUCGACUACUCGCGACUUAGCUAAAAAUCUGUCAACAAGUCAGCGAUGUUUCAUUGAACGAAACAAUGCUGAAUAAUGUGGGAUCGACAGCAGUUCAGUUCAGAGAGCAUCAACGGAGAAGGAGGAAUGUCAAUAUGCCAACGAUUCUUUUGACAACUGCCGACGUAUCCUGAUCUCAGCCGACAACAGUCAGAGGUGUUUCAUUAGACGAAUCGACGACGAUUGCCACUGCGGUAGCGACAGCAGUCCAGGAUGCAUCGACUGAGAGAUCGCCACCGAAUGGUAGCCCAUCGACGAUUCCGUAAAACCCCCAACCACGACGCUCUUAACAGGUGGCUCAGCAACAAACGGCAACGGCACAACAAUGAGAGGUUUGCUAACAAGUUUCCCUAACACAUCACUUUAAAUCACCAAAGCAGACCUGUCAGAAAUUUUCCCUCGCUUUGUAGGCAAAUCUUUCCUCUGUAAUUUCCCUUAUGUUUGUACAUUUUUCUUUCAUUAUAUCUAGCUCAGUAUGUCCCUGUUCUAAUACUUGUAGGUUCUAAGUACA